AUGGGCUGUUGCUUUUCCAUAUCUGUGUCGCGUGACACCCACACCGACCGAGUAGUAGCCCCAGAGGAGCCCGCAGCAGCGACCGCACCGCGCAGCGCCGCCAUCUCCAACACCACGACGACAACCACCCCGAGGACAACAACACUCUACCACCCCGCACGCAGCGGACCGUCCGCCACCGCACGGGUCGUCGUGCGCACCGCACCAGACGACUUCCCACUGGGCGAGCCGUUCAACGCGCCGAUCCGCCCGCACGUGUGGUACAGCAAGCGGCGGCUCUGGACGCGCGCACAGCUGGACCACGAGCGCCGCGAGUUCUUCGAGACCCGCGUGACGGGGCGGCCGGAGAUCUGGGCCGCGCUGGCGACGGCCCUCGCGCUCAUGCAGGCUGGCGACCUCGACACUGCGCAGGGCAUCGUCGACGCCGCCGGCAUCACCGUGCCCACGGGCGACUUCUGCCAGGGCGCCUACGACCAGCACGGCGUGCUGUACCGUCUGCCGCAGUGCAUCGUCAGCGACCCGGAGAACAUGCUGGCCGCAGAGCUGGCGGAUGAGUUCGACACUGACGACGAUAAGAUGUCGCUGGACGAGGCAUCGGGCGAUGAGCUGAUCGCGGAGGAGGAGGAGGAGGUCGAGCGGCGCCGCGAUGAGAAGGGGAAGGCUAGUGAGCGCGACGUGAUCCGGGUCCGGGCGCGCCUGAGUGAUCGUGGCGGGCCGGAUGUCGUCGUCGCCGUGAAGACGUCGCACAGUGUGGGGUUCAUUGCGCGCAAAAUCCAGCAAGAUGCCGGGAUCCCGCGCACCCAGCGCGUCCGCAUCGUGUACCUGGGCAAGAUGCUCCGCGAACAUGCGUCCCUCGUCGACCAGGGAUGGAAGUCCGGCCAUGUGGUAAAUGCGCUGGUCGUCGCCCGGAAUCCGCUAUGA